GGAAAAUAACUAUUUUGAAGUCGCAUUGACCUGUAGUCGCCUAGUCUGGGUGGUGGCGACAUAAGGCUGGGAGCCCAGCGAUGCAAGGGUUUCGGUCUGGAUCCCCAGAGGCGUGGCCUGGCCCCUGAGGUGCAUAGCUUUGGAACGAGCUUUGCAGCGUAAGGGGCGUGGCCAUGCAGAAACUCCGGGGAAGAGGCGUGGCCCAGAUCCGUGUGGGAGAGGGGCGUGCCUUCCGGAUACUUUAUCUUUGAGUCCAGGCACUGGAACUGCUGUUUUUCCUUUAGGUGUCACCUUAUGGAGGUCUCCGCGGCCGCCGCCCCUGCGGGGAACUUCUUCCCCUCCUUCCUUCUCCUGGUCUGCGGGACGCUGGUGGCUGCAGUGCUGGGUGCCGCGCAUCGCCUGGGGCUCUUAUAUCGUUUGACGCACAAGGUGGACAAGGUGAGCAUCCGGCAUGGUGGGGAGAGCGUGGCGGUCGUGCUGAGGGCUCAUGGUGUGAGGUUCCUCUUCACACUGGUUGGUGGGCAUAUUUCCCCGCUGCUGGUGGCCUGUGAGAAGCUGGGCAUCCGUGUGGUGGACACACGCCAUGAAGUCACGGCCGUGUUUGCUGCUGAUGCUGUGGCCCGCCUGACCGGCACUGUGGGCGUGGUGGCAGUGACGGCAGGCCCUGGCCUCACCAACACAGUGACAGCAGUGAAGAAUGCCCAGAUAGCCCAGUCCCCAGUACUGCUUCUGGGUGGGGCCGCCAGUACUCUGCUGCAGAACCGGGGUGCACUCCAGGCCAUUGAUCAGAUGUCCUUGUUCCGGCCACUCUGCAAGUUCUGUGCUUCUGUGCACAGGGUGCGGGACAUCAUUCCCACUCUGAGGACCGCAAUGGCUGUUGCCCAGUCAGGGACCCCAGGCCCAGUGUUUGUGGAGCUGCCCAUUGAUGUGCUGUAUCCCUACUUCAUGGUCCAGAAGGAGAUGGUGCCAGCCAAGCCGCCCAAGGGCCUUAUGGGUCGAGGAGUUUCUUGGUACUUAGAGAAUCACCUGGCCAAUCUCUUUGCAGGAGCCUGGGAGCCUCGUCCUGAAGGGCCCCUGCCUCUGGACAUCCCCCAGGCAUCCCCCCAGCAGGUUCAGCGCUGUGUGGAGAUCUUGAGCCGGGCCAAAAGGCCCCUUGUGGUUCUGGGGAGCCAGGCCCUACUGCCCCCGACACCUGCAGACAAGCUUCGGGCUGCCGUGGAGACCCUGGGUGUCCCCUGCUUCCUGGGUGGGAUGGCACGAGGGUUGCUGGGCCGAAACCACCCCCUCCACAUCCGGCAGAACCGAAGUGCCGCCCUGAAGAAGGCAGACGUUGUCCUCCUGGCAGGAAUUGUGUGUGACUUCCGCCUGUCCUAUGGCCGUGUCCUCAGCCGAAGCAGCAAGAUCAUCAUUGUCAACCGUAACCGGAAAGAUAUGUUGAUCAACUCAGACAUGUUCUGGAAGCCCCAGGAGGCUGUGCAGGGAGAUGUGGGCUCCUUUGUGUUGAAGCUGGUGGAGGGCCUUCAGGACCAGACAUGGGCCUCAGACUGGGCAGAGGAGCUUCGGCAAGCCGACCAGCAGAAGGAGCAGUCCUUUCGGGAGAAGGCGGUGAUGCCUGUAGCCCAACACCUGAACCCGGUGCGGGUGCUGCAGCUGGUGGAGGAAACUUUGCCCGACAACUCAAUUCUGGUGGUGGAUGGCGGGGACUUUGUGGGCACUGCUGCCCACGUGGUGCAGCCCCGUGGCCCCCUCUGCUGGCUUGAUCCUGGGGCCUUCGGGACUCUGGGAGUUGGUGCAGGAUUUGCACUUGGGGCCAAACUGUGCCGGCCAGAUGCUGAGGUCUGGUGCCUGUUUGGGGAUGGAGCUUUUGGGUACAGCCUCAUCGAAUUUGACACCUUUGUCAGACAUAAGAUCCCAGUGAUGGCCUUGAUAGGGAAUGAUGCUGGCUGGACCCAGAUUUCUCGAGAGCAGGUGCCCUCUUUGGGCAGCAAUGUGGCCUGUGGCCUGGCCUACACUGAUUAUCACAAAGCAGCCAUAGGUCUGGGGGCCCAGGGCUUGCUGCUUUCACGGGAGAAUGAGGAUCAGGUGGCCAAGGUGCUUCGUGAUGCCCAGCAACAGUGCCGAGAUGGCCAUCCAGUCGUGGUCAACGUCCUCAUUGGGAGGACGGACUUCCGCGAUGGCUCCAUUGCUGUGUAGGGCCUCGUGGGUGCCUUCCUACCCCUGGACUGCCUAGCGGGCCUGGAGUCUCAUCCUUGCCUCCCCUGGGCCUAUCCCAUGGGGCCAGUGACCCUACAAUCCUCCCUGAGGUCAGGGAGGGGCUGGAGGGGUCAGGGCUCAGAAAGUCUCCCUGGAAGCACUGGCAAGCUCUGGGGCCUUUUUCUUGUGGUCCUAAUUGUGCCCUUUCUCUCCUAUUUUCUUACACACUGAAUAAACCACCUCUGGUCCAUGUGGGCCCAAGUACUCAUCCCAGAA